AUGCCGCUGACUCAGGAAAAGCGAAUGGACAAUUUUCCCAAUAGCAAUGAUCACAGUUACCUUCACAAGAAGUUCAAGAAAAUGGCAUCGCCAAUAUCGGUGCUUCCUGUGAAUUCUAUGAAAAGUGAAGAGAGUGUGCAUAAAGAAUUAGGAUUUUCACAGAUCACAGGCAGUCCAAACCUAAAAAAUGGAACCAUUUCAGCCGCUCAUCCAGAAAUAGAGAAAAUUAAAGAUAAAUACGCGAACAGAGGUAUAGAAACAGAUAAUAUUGUACAAACUAAUUAUAAUGAUGAAAUCUGUAGGUUAAGUGGUGUUAAUAACUAUGUUCAAAUAACUGGUAAGACCAGUUAUAAUGAUGAAUUUUUAAAUAAGACUGAAAACGGUGAAAUCGAUGUAACUAAAGACACUUACAGUGGAGGUACUGGCCGUUACAUCUGUCCGUAUUGUAAAUUACCAUGUGCCAAGCCAUCAGUACUACAGAAACAUAUCAGGGCUCAUACGAAUGAGAGACCGUAUCCAUGUAUACCCUGUGGCUUUGCCUUUAAAACUAAAUCUAAUUUAUACAAGCACAAGAGGUCAAGGACGCAUGCUCUACGAUCGCAGGGAGCAGAUGUGUCAGUUGCUAUUAAUGAAGAGGACUUGUCUGGGGGUUCCGAAAGUGAUACUUCGUCUACACCAACUUUUAUGUCGGAUCCUACCUCGGACGCUUCUCUGAUACGCUUCCUCAACACGAGGCCUAAUGAUUUUUCCUCCCCCGAGCUAGCUAGCGAUGGCAAUACACAGAUCAGCUCAAAUUCUUAUAAUGACCAUAAAUCUAAAACAAUUUACAAGCCCAAGUUCAGAGCAGCGUUAUAUCAGGGAAAUGAUGAUAAAGAUAAGAUAAAAAAGAGUAUUUCACACAAUGCUGAGUUUCUUACAGAACAUAUCUCUAAAAUUAUAUCAGAUAAUGAGGCCAUUGUUGAUGUUAUUGAAACCCCUUUACAGAAAAAGUAUGGUAAAAUUAAACAAAUUGCUGAGAGUAAGCAAUUUUCAACGGAAAUCGAUAUAAAAUCCGAAGUGACGCCUUUAAAUUUAACAAAAAACAGUUACGAAUCGGAGAGCUUGAUAAGAAAAAGAUCACAUUCGGAAAGUUUUGCACUGACUUCUGAAGAUCACAAGCACCCGUUAAAUCCAGAGGGAUCAAUAAUAAAGGAUCUUUUGCUAAAAACUAAAGCCAAUGGAUUAAACUCGACCAAUAGCUUGGCUGGUGAACUAGUGGAUGGGCUAGGGCCACUAUAUGUGUGUUCACAAUGUCAAAUAGUAUAUAGAAGUGCAGACAAUUUAGAAAUUCACAGGUCGUACUAUUGCAAAGGUGCACUCACAAAUAAUUGCAAUUUAUCUGGUAAUGUCCCAAAAGAAGCAAAAUAUGUCAGACCAGAUAAUGGUUACGUGAGAAGUAAUUCCAUAAACGUGAGGUUGCCCGAAACAAGUGCGUCAGCAACUAAAGUGAAUUAUUUAAUGAAUUCACCACCAAUAAAAAACAAACCCGAUAAUCUUGUCAUAUUGAAAACGGAAUGUAGCGACGUGAUAGCACCGCUACCAUCACCAGGGCCGUUACUUGGUAACACUAGACUUGUUGAUAGCAGACUACCUUCAGAAUAUAAUAAGAAAACGGAAGGUUUGAAGUUAAAAACAAAAGAAUGUAGCCCCAAAAGAAGGUUCGACAGUAGAUCAGAAACUAAUAGUCCGAGACUUAUAGAAAAUAUAUCGCCCCGUUCAGCUGAUUUGUACGUUCAUUCGAAAAUAAGGUGUGUUGAUAUUAACUCUCCGUCAUUGAGAACUAUUGAAGAAAUAUCGCCACAUAUAAGACACAAUUCUACAUCACUUCAAAUGUUCGGAGGUGAAGUUAAGAUAGUAGAUCAUUCUGGCAGCACUACAACUCUUCGAAUCGAGCCUAGUAAAACGCAGCUAUCACCUAUUCUAAUCCACCAAAAUCUUUCGCCGUCUAAAUUUUCGAGUGACUCUGAGGCAAGUAGUGUCGUUGUAAGAUCGGGCCUUCACUCCGGUGGCACUAUUGUACAUAAUCCACCAACACCAAAGGAAACUAUUAAUAAUCAUCAAGUUCAAACUCCUAGAGUUGCGUCAUCAACCCCGAACGGUCAAAACACGAAUGUACACGUUCACGAUAUUCCACAUUUCCAGUUUCCGCCGCUGAGUGCUAUAACAGCUUAUAAUCCAUUAACAUUGCCGCCUCUAAGUCCAUCUCCUUCACCAAACGGUGCAACUACUAUUAUGCAUGGCGGCAAACUCAUACCUCAUGUUCCCGGAAUACCAGGACCUAAUACACCUGGUUUAUUCAUGACAAACAGCAAUUUGCAAAUGAAAAGCAAUGAUAGUCAUAAAAGUGUUACGAAAACGACCUCUGACAAUAAUCAACAUUUAUUAACUCUUAAUGUAUCUACGGGAAAAGGAAGUGUUAUAUCAAACUACGAUAGGAUUCCUAAUAACUCAAGAAGCCCAAACAUCAGAUCGAUGAGUAUGGAAGCAGAACAUAAUAUUAUUAACAAAGAUACAGAUAUUCAGAACAUGUCUUCAAUGCCAAUAAUUAAAAUAAAACAUGUCGAUGAACCUAUAUUAAAGAAUUUCUCUUCUAGUGGUCUUCUAAAAUCGAUUAAGAGAAAUGCCGAUGGAAUACCCAAACAUCCCGUAUUAAAGGAAAAUAUGAUCAAUACAUUUAAUAAGAACAAAAAUAAAGACUCUCAGAUUCAUCCGUCUCAUAAAGUUAUCGAUAUAAAAGCUGAGAAUGAUAUAAAGAAUUUCAAUUUCGAAAACUUCAUAACUAAAGCCGAAAUAUAUAAUAAUCAAAUUCAAAAUAAAACCGACGUCGAUAGGAACAGUAAUGUUUCAGAAACCUUCGUGACUUCAGUGCAAAAUGAAAGGUCAGAGACAUCUUAUUUUCAGAAAGGUUCAAUAUCGAAAUCUAAUUCUGAAGAGAGAAAACCGAAAUUUCUCAGACCAUCCACUCUACCGUUAAAACCGGGCACGUUUACCCCAAAAAGACAUCACGGUAUAACGCCCAAUGCAAACACGAUGCCAUUGGUAUCACCAGAAACCCCACGCCCAGCAAAAGCAUACGGACAACUUUAUUUAAACGGAAAUGCAUAUACCUAUCUGGGUUUGAAAUGUUCAACAAAAGUAUUUUAUUGCACUAUCAAUCGCCCACAGCCCACAUACGUACCGAACCAGCAUUUCCUAUCCAUGUACAGUAACUGGCAGUUAUUAUCUGAGUUGACGCCAGACCCGCUGGGAUUGUCAGCUUCGUCUGCUAUGUCUCUGUAUGACUCACGUCACAGACCGCAGAGCUUGGCCGUUUCUGUAAUCAAACAGGAUCUGAUUCUGACUCAUUCAUCGCAAUGGAAUAAAAAUUCGAAGGACGGCAAACAGGUGAUAACUUCUGUAGACUCUAAAAAAUCGGAGGAGAUAAAAAAUAUUUCCGAUAACACAGCUACAUCCAAGAAAGAAUUGACUGGUGGAUUCGAAAGUAACGAGGAAUAUACGUAUGUCCGCGGACGUGGCAGAGGACGUUACGUUUGUUCAGAAUGUGGAAUAAGAUGCAAAAAACCUUCAAUGCUGAAAAAACAUAUCAGGACACACACUGACGUCCGACCGUACACGUGCGUCCAUUGUGUUUUUAGUUUCAAGACGAAGGGGAAUUUAACAAAACAUAUGAAAAGCAAGGCACAUUAUAAGAAGUGCUGUGAGCUAGGAAUAAAUCCGAAUGAAGGGAACGAUGCCGAAGGCUCUGAAAUGGCGCAGUGCUCAGGUGAAACUGAUGAUGAAACGGAUUCAGAUGGUGAUGAAGGAAAUGAGGGUGAAACAGAAUCCAGUGAUACAGAGGUUUUUAAAUCUCGCCUGCCGGAACACGAGGCUGCACACUGCUUGCUGUCUCUCGGCGGCAGUAGACCUGCCACCUCAGCCACUCCGGGCUUAAUAACUAGCGCUAGGCCUACAACUUACCCCUACACUCCUAUGUUAUUAGAAAAUACGUUAGAUGUUGAUCAAGAUAAAGUUGAGAGCAUAAGAACACCCUCUACUGAUUCUAGAAUAGAUAUGGACAAUGAGCCCAUGGAUCUCAGUAAAAAUGAAUUAAGAACUCCAACGAGCGUUAUGGAAAUUCCUACUGAGAGAGAAUCUAGCGUCAUGGCCUGUUUGGCUUCUAAUACAGCUAAGCUUCCACAUCAUCAAUCACAGUGGACCAAUGGAGAGCCGAUGUUGCACACGUAUCUAACAGAAAGGGCACUUUUAGAUUCUAAGAUAAAACAGAGCCAAUUAACAUGUAAUUCUAAAAUAAGGAAGAUUGAUCUCGAAAAUUCUUUAUAUCUUGAAAAAGAAACCGCUGAACAGGAAAUUCCGACUCCAAGAAAUGUUCUUGAAACUAUUACAACAACAACAGCAUUUUCUAAAGAUGAGUCAGUUUCCGUUGAUAAUUCUCAGAAUUGUUUGAAUCUAACGAGUGAAUCCCGAGCCCGUACACCUAAUAACUCCAAUCCAGAAAAUGCUAAACAUGUCGUGUCCGAAUAUUUAAAACAUGCUAGGAUAAAUCAUAUGAAAACUCUCGAUGAUCCUAACCACUUAGAUAUAUCCAGUGACGAGAGCAACAGUGGUAAAAUAAACAUAGAAGAAAAGACAAAAGUAGAUGAGGUUUCAGACUGUGAUGGAAUGAAAUUAUCUUCAUCAGAAUACGAUCCCGUAGCUUCAAAAGUAGUGAUCGGAGUCGGGGGAGUAUUUAAAGUGACCAAAGGGAAAGAAUUUGAAGGCUCGGCUUCCUAUUCACCAGGAAAACUUAUGGAAGAUGGCCGUAGAGUUUGUGAUUUCUGCAACAAAACAUUCACGAAACCGUCACAAUUACGGUUGCAUCUAAACAUACACUACAUGGAGAGGCCAUUCAGAUGUAGUGUUUGUGCUGUUAGUUUUCGUACCAGAGGUCAUCUGCAAAAGCAUGAGCGUUCUGGGUCUCAUCAUAAUAAGGUCUCAAUGACCUCAACCUUCGGGGCAGCUACAUCGUGCAAUCCUCGACCAUUUCGUUGUUCAGAUUGCAAUAUAGCAUUCCGAAUACAUGGACAUCUCGCUAAACAUCUCAGAAGCAAGAUGCAUGUGAUGCGUUUGGAGUGCUUAUUCAAAUUACCGUUUGGAACGUUUACGGAAAUAGAACGUGCUGGUCUUAGUCUAACGGAUAUAGAUACAACAGAUUGUGCCAGUUCCUUGGCUAGUUUGCAAUCCCUCGCCAGAAAAUUACAUGAGAAGGACCCAUCGAAACUUGAGUACCGAGAGCCGAGUGGGGCAGCACUAAACCUACCUGCAGGGAGGGAGUCUUCAGAAGAUGAAGAUGCUUUAGUUUAUUUAGAAAAGAACUGUGACAGUUUAAAAGAUAGUGAGAUAAAAACGGUUGAAAAUAGUGACUGUCAAGAAACAGAAACUCGAGUUAAUUAUAGUGCCACAGAUAAUUAG